AUGCCAGCCCCUCUAGACCUCAGCAAAUCGAAGCUGUCGGUGUCUGAUCCGCGGAUGAACCUCCGACGGUCUGCCUCACACACCGGCUCUUCAAAGUGGGAAAAGGUGCCUCUAUCCGCCACCUCUUCCCGCUUCAGCUUCAACCACCUACUCUUCUCCUCUCCACCACCAUCACCAAGCCUACCAGCGCUUAUCCCGCCACCCCGGAAGUCACCCAUCCACCCCCGACCUACUCGUGUAUUCAGAUUCACAUUUUGGCUCGCAUUCACGGUGCUGCUGCUCUACUUUGCGACUUUCCCAUUCCGAACAAGCUUUGGCGUCCCAUCCAUCAACCUACCAUUUUCGGCCCACGAUGAUUUCGAGAUGGUUGGACAAGACGAUCUACCCGACUUUCCCACGCCAAUCGUCAUGUCCGACCACGGUGGCAAAUCCAAGUGGACCGUUUCAAUCCCUCCAAGCUACGACUUCCCGUUGUCAGUGAAAGAGUACGGGGACAUGUGCAAGAAGUGCAAGGAGGUUGCCGCGCGCGUUAGGGACAUGCGCCACCGAACUCAGAUCCUUGAUCAGAACCUUUUGAGUCAAGAUGCCCCCAAUGAUCCGUACUUUAUCGACGUUGCAGAAGCUCAAAAGACCGGUCUUCUCCCGGACGUCGCCGCCAAAUGGCCAAGCAAGGGUCAAGGUCACGAUGGAGACUUGGUUGGGGAGAACAAGGACUCGCUGGUUGAAAAGCCCGUGUGCGAAAGCUCCAUGACCUUCAUCAUGGAGACUGCAGACGCCGGCAUUGGGCACACCAUCAUGCAGCUCUGGACAUUUUACGGGCUCGCUAAGAGGCAAGGUAGAGCCUUCUUCAUCGAUGAUUCUCGCUGGGCGUACGGCAAGUACACCGAUAUCUUCCAAGCGCCUCCUGUGCCCCUCUGCCGCCCUCCUCCCCGCCACGAAAUGAUUCCCUGUCCUCCCAGAGCUCGCCACUUGGUUGUCACAUCCGAGACGGCGAAGGAGAUGUGGGCGGGAUCCAUCAGCAAGCCACACUCCGACUUCCGAGCACAGGAUGAGCAGGGGCUGCGGGAGCUGUUCGAGCUGGCACACGAGGGAUACCGCGCUCUUUGGGACCUCAAUAAGGACGACGCUCAGUACGUCAGCAAGCGUGUCAAGGAAAUCAGGGACAAGACUACCGUUGGCAACGGCAACCCGAACAACGGCGUCGUUGUCGGCGUUCAUGUCCGACAUGGCGACUGCCACCCUACCGAGUACCAGUAUCACGGCACUUACAUCCCGAUGGAGAUCAUUGCGAACGCUGCUCAGGAGGUCAUUGACGGCAAGCACAACGGCACCGGUGUCGAUGGGGGUGACGACGAGCUCGCCAAGCGCAAGUCCUUCAUUGUCCUUGCCUCCGACGACCCGACAGUUUACGAUGCGGAGGAUUUCAAGGGCUCUAUGCGCGCACAGGAGCAGAUUCGCCUGGCGUCCAAGCAGGAAGUCCACAAGGCCACCCCCGACAGGCACGUCAUGCACCACUUUGAGGAUGAGGCUUUCGGCUGGGAGGGCGGCUUCUUCGCCGCCAUGUUCUGGAACCUUGGCCUGUCCUCCAUGAGUGCUUCCAACGCUGCGACGGCCAAGAACAAGCAAUUAGCCCCCUCGGCCGAAGCGCUCCGUCUCCGGAGCUACGUUGGCCGCGCCUACUUGAUGGAUCUUGCCGUGCUGGCCGAUGCUAGUGACACGGUAAUCUGCACCGUCAGUGCCAUGGGCUGCCGUCUGCUGGCCGUCAUGAUGGGUUGGGAGCGCGCAAUGGAACAUCACAACUGGAUCAAUGUCGACGGCCCGUACGGGUGGACUGGUCUUACUUUCUAA